AACCAUUGCGCGGCUGCAACACGUCACUCCAGCCCUAUAUCAGAGCACUGGCAGAGUAGGCUGGCUAGAGUCUGCGUAGCUCAGCACCGGUAUGGUAUGUCUAGGACGCGUUGGUUUGCGUGCCUCAGCUCUCAGAACAACUGCCCUGUCCUCCUGUGUAACGCAGUGAAAACAGACGACCGAUUUUUACAAAUAAGAUUUUAACUGUUGUUGGGUGGUCUAACGGGAUCGCACUUAUUAGAGUCGCAGCUGUUCGCGGUUCUAUGGAUGGUCGUUUGGGCUUCUCCAGUAAGCUCUGCUUGGCAGGUGCACUUUGCUCCUCACUGUGAUGUGUAAUGGCUCCUGCACUGGGCACUCCAUGGGGAUCAGAGGUCACAGGGUCAGAGGUUGGCGGAUGGACGGCACCGGCCAGCAGAGAGCUUGCUCUGGUGGGCCCGCUUGCCGUGCUCUCGGCUUUCCUGCUCCUCACCUUGCUCCUGCUUCUGUGUGCUGGAUGCCAGGGGCAGAAGAAGGCAAACCAACUUCCUGGAGACCAUGAGAACCUGAUGAAUGGGGUAUCAGAAAAAGAGACAUGUAGCCAGUCAGCAGAAACAGGCAGUCAUGGCACUGAUCUGGUGGCCAGUAGCUCCCACAAUGGACCUCUUACAAGUGGUACAGUACUCACCGACGCCAUGGACACCAGUCCGCACCCUUCAGAGGAGAUGCUGUCCAGCCUGUCGGAGCUCCGCUCCUCCAAGUGCCCUCAGGACCGCGAGCUGCCCAGCAUUCCAGCCUCCAGCACCCUGCAGGGGUCGGUGGUGCCAACCAAUGGGCCCGGGGCCUCCGGUGAUGGCACCUAUGAGGUGCUGAAGGAUGGCACAUCGCGCGAUGCCAGUGUUGAGGACUCCCUCUAUGAAACAGUGAAGGAGCUGAAGGGCCUGGCUCCACCCAGUGCUGCGGAAGACCCUGCUGACCUGGCCAAUGAUCUCCCAAGUCAUGCGCCGGCUACGCCCGAGCACCAUGCCCUACCCAAUGGUGCUGAAUACGCCUCUGUCAACCUCAAAAAGAAGAGCCGCUACAGUGCUGAGGUGGAAGCACGGCGCUCAGCAGCCAGUAUGCCUCCUGAGGAGCCAGAGGAAGAGAAACCUCCACCCAUACCGCACAAAGUGCUGGACAAGACCGAGAGCCAGCAGAUCAAUGGCCUGCACAACGGCCAGUCACAUUCACUAUUGUCAAGCCCUCAAGACCCCGAGGAUUUUGUAUCUUCAGACCACGAGCUCUCAGCUGUUUACUCCACAGUAGAUAAGCCAGUGGCAGAGGAGAAAGAGCACGACUACAGCUGCAUCGCAGAUAUCACAGGUCUGGGGUCAGAGUCCACCUCCAGCGACCUGUACGCCACUGUGAGGGAUGUGUGCCCAUCGCCACCAGGCGAGCAACCCCUCGAGGAGGCUGUGGAGAGCGUGGACCCUGGAUAUGAAACCAUCAGGAUUCCCAAGGCUCCAGAGGAAGAGCAGCAGGCAAACGGGCAGGCGGAACCUGACUAUGAGACCGUGGGAGAGCUGGGCCUGAACAGGGAGACAUCCCGCCUCUGAGGGCAACACAGCACUGCCUGUCAGCAGGCCUUCGUGUUCAAAAACGGGAUUUCUACUCGUACUGACUCAGUUUAGCACUUACCCACCCAAGUAAUUAUACAUUGCUACAUACUUUGAGGUCAUGCUGCCACACGCAUUGUGUUCGUUUCCUAAUAAGAAAUGAUUUGACCCAAGACAUCUUUCUGAUCUGAUGUGCUGUGGCCAGUAGUGUAACACACGUUACACGGGGGUGAAUGGGCUCGUUACUAUUCCAGAUGGAUGUUUUCCGUCAGGGAAAACAUGCAGGACCAAACAUGUAUAAUGCCCAGUCAGAUCCUUAAACUUAAUAAUAUCCCUCACCAGCCUGCCCUGACAUUCAUUUAUGCCCUUCAUAAAGUGUCUCAUCCAUGGUAGACAAAUGGUCAAAUUGUUCUUUCAAACAUGAUAUAUUCAUUGUUUAGAACUCCAAAAUCCUAAAACAUGAAAGUAAUUCCAUUAAAAUAUAUCAAAAUAUGUAUUUUAUGAAAAUAUGCACAUAGCAUAGUAAUUCUCAGAAAAAUACUUAUUUGGCCAGAAUCACAUUAGCAAUGACAUAUAUAUUUAUUGCAAUUCAAAUAAGUAGUCUAGCUCAAACAUUUAGGUUAACAUUUAGGUUAAUGGAGGCUUUGAAUUUUUAUGUAUUCUGUGCUGUACUGGUAGUAGCUUUGAAGAUGCUAAGUAAAUCCAGCCACAAAAGCAGAGCUCAUAAGCGAAAAGCAUGACUGAAUUAAACAAGCUUCUUAAAAUAGAUGCUUGCUUCAGUAGCCAGGAGAGAGUACAACUGUUGAAUUGAAUUGAAAAUGUCAGAGACUGGAAUUUGGACUUGAAGUCUAUUGGAUGAUUUUGCUGAGUACAAGACACAUCACAUGAACUUCAACUCAGCGAGUGCAGGCCUUAAGAGCAUUGACUUAAAUAGACUUUACAAAAAUAGCAAGAAAAUAAGCAAAUUACACCUUUUUUGUUCAUUAUACAUACAUACAUACAUACAUACAUACAUAUAUUUGGGCCCCAUAUAUAUUUAUGGGAGCAGGGGGCAAUGAGUUUCUUUUUCAGUGGGGCCACUGGUUAAUAUGCCAUUAGUAGCACAAAUGGAUUCUUGAUUAUUUGUUUUUCAUUCCAUUUUGAUACAGAAGCUUCAGUUUUGUGACUGCCACAACUAUCUUAAAGAAUUUUAGUGUGAUGGUUAUGUGAAUAUUUGGGUACUACAAAGGGAUGCUGUGCUGUCAUUACGACGCUUUAUUCAUGCACUGCACACUGAUAAGUGUGCUCUCUGAUAGAGGAGCCAAGUUGUGCUCUGUGCUCUGACCCAGGCUGGGCUGCCCACCCGCCCGCUCCCUGCCGCAGCACCAACAUACAGCUAGUCUAUGUGCAGAAGGCAUUUAAAACAUAGAGCAUGCAAUGAAUAUAAAUUAAACCAUGUUUUUUUUUUGUUUGUUUGUUUUUGGUUUUUGUUUUUUUUAAAUGUGUCAUUUGCGGUCACAAUGUGUCCGUGGAGUUCAAAGUGAGAGGUGCUGAUUAUAAAAUCACCUCUUAUGGUACAUACAGAACUGCUUAUUUUUUCAAGGCUGAUAAUCAUGGUAAAACCAUAUUUCCUGCUGGUAAGUUUUAGAAUUCUGUAAACUAUUCAUAAAUUAUUUGUGAUGUUGAAUGUAUUUGGAAGUGUGUGUGUGUGUGUGUGUGUGUGUGAAAAAAGAAUAAUCAAAGUUGUUUAAUUUAGCAGUAUUGAUUAAAUGUAUCGAAUACAUUCACUAUUUUGAGACAUUUCUGUUGCCUAAAAUGGGUAAAAUUCUAAAGCUGUAAAACAAAGAAACUCCAUGGUACUGCUACAUAACAAUCAUCUGGCAACUAUAUGUUCAUGUUCAGUUUAAAUAGUCCCUGUUGAUGAGCUGUUUUAAUUUCAGAUUCAAAAUCAUAUCCUACAUAGACACUGCAUGUGGCAAAAACAUGCUCAGACUUGUUUACCUAUAACUUUGAUUGGUUUUAACAUAGUAUGAUAUAUGAACAGUUUAAUCAUUUGACUCUAAAUAAAGGUUUCAGUGUGUUUUGUGUUUCUCUCUGGCUGGUGAAGCACACAUACUGGCAUAGUAUUGUGGAUGUGCUAUGAUUGCCUAAAGGGAAUUCUGCACGUUUUGUGAACAUCAAAAAAAUAUAUACAUACACUGCCUGAAGUAUGAUUGAUAGAUCAGGUGCACUAUACAUUGGAUCCUGUUUGGUGAAAUGCAGUGUUGUCUGUCAUUGUUUUGCAAUAAUGGUACACUUUUUUGGUACAAAUUCUGCAUUGUGAGGGUACUUCCUUUAUCUAAUAUCAUGGUGAAACGUUUUGCUUGUGAAUUCAGUGUAUCUUCAUUGUAAAACGUAUGUAUGAUUACAUUUGAUUAUAUCAUAAUCUUUUUAAAGUAUUGUUUGCCAAAUAAAUACUGCAGCCAUGUUGGACUAA